AUCGAGUACCUUAUACACUUUUCUUAUUAAACAGUUUAUGAAAUCGAAUCAGAAUGUUCCAAAUAUCCUUCAUUUUUGUUAUUACUUUAACUACAGUUUUAUCUUCAAAAUUGCCCGAAAACUUUCUAGCUUUGGGUGAAAAUUACGUAUAUUCAGUGGCACUGCUUGAUUUUUUUCAAUCCUAUGCGGCUUGUAAAAGAUUCGGUUGGACAUUGGCAACUGAGAAAAAUGAACGCGAAACAACCAUUCUUGCUCAAGAAAUAAAAGCUAAUGGACUUGAGGACACCGUUCAUUGGCUAGGUGGUUUUUACCAAAUCGACAAAGAAUUCAUACCACGCUGGAUGUGGCUAGAAACAGGUGAAUCCUUUAACUACACUCACUGGUACGGAGAAUCUCAGACUACCACAUCAUCGCCGGGCUAUAAGGCCAUGUCAACACACCCUGGUAAAGCUACCGCAAGUUCCAAUUUAUGUCUGGAAAAAUACGGUUUCAAGGUUCACGAUGGACAAUGGGUUGCCACGAAUUGCGAAAAGGAACUUUAUUUCAUCUGUCAAAUAUCCUGAGAUAGACGUUUAUAAAUCAAUACAUCUGCGGACAGUUGCGGAUAUAGAGGGGGUGCCAUGGAGACCAGCCUCCUCUAAGAUCUAUAAGUUAAAUAUUAUUCUUUUGGGUUAAAAAUGGCGCCCUAAAAAGCAUAUUAUAUACCCACCUUAAAAUAUAUUCUUGUAUCGCCCCUGUCUGCAGAUACGUGAUGAUAUGAAUAAAAGCUAACAAAACGAG